AUGGCUAUUUGGAGGAGUUUUGGCGGUCUGAUGCUGAAUUUCCACCGAUCUAUGCGACAAACAUGGUGCAAUUGUUCCGACCUGGCGAGCUUUCAGUAUUCCAGUGCCGCUCGUGGUGGUGGUGGUGGUUUGUUCCUUGGAAGCGGAUGCUUCCAGAAAGCUGCGCACUUUUCACCGAUCCGAGGUUCUUGUUGGUGGUGUUCUCCUUCUCUUCCAACCCCUCCACCUGUAAGUCCACCAUCACUAUCUUCGUCACCAUUGCUCAUGUUACCUCCCGGAGUUAGUGUUGUUGAUCACAAAAAUUCAGAAAAGUACUCGGACGACAAUGACACGGACUAUUUUCAUUUCUUUAGCCUUUCGGAACAGAGUCAAUUUAGGGUUGCGAAGAAUAUUAUGAUUCCGUGGCAGAGGGACCUCCUUACGCCUGAUGCCGCCCACUGUGUGGGCUCUUGUCAUGGCUGGCUGGCCUUUAACCACCAUCACAAUUGCCACCCUUAUCUCUACAACCCCUUAAUAGACACUCCUGAUUUCCCCUACAUCCCCCUCCCUUCCUUCGAAACUCUCCCCACCACUGCUGCCACUCGCAUCCUCAAAUCCGAUCACCUCUCCGGUUCCCCAUCUCUCAUCGAACAGUGGAUACUCUCUCUGCAUCCUUGGAAACACGAGGAAAAUGUUUCCCCUAAGGGAAUGACUGGAAUUUACCUACAAAGGCUUGCUAUGUCAUCACCCCCAUCGGUCCCCUCUUAUUUCUCAUCAUCUUGCGGGAAUGACUGCCUUAUAAUGGCCAUCCACAGCCCAAAUGCAUAUAUUGCCUUCUGCAAACUUGGGGACGAUAGCUGGACCACCUUGGACGGUUCGUACGGACAUUAUAUUGACAUAACAUAUUUCAGCAAGGACCAGCGAUUUUAUGCCAUGAGAUCAUAUAGUGACUUUGAAGCUUGGGACCUCAGAGAUCCUUCUUGUCCUAAAAGGCAAGUAUUUGAUAAGGUUGACGAUGAGGAAGAACUUAGAGAAUCUUAUGAUUGUGGUGCCUUUGAUUAUUUAGUCGAGUCCUCCGGGGAUCUUUUGCUGGUUUCCAGGUAUAUAGCUAAUAGUGAUCAGAAUGCUGCUUAUGCUUAUAACACUCUGGGAUUUGAUGUUCAUAGGUUUGAUUUCGAUAACAAUAAGUGGAAACCUGUUGAAUGCUUAGCUGACCGGGCAUUGUUUAUGGGUAAUAAUACUUCUUUUUCUCUCUCAACUCGCGAUCAUCCAGAACUGAUGGAGAAUUCUAUCUACUUCACCGACAGUGUUUACUCUUUAAGUCAUGUCAACCCAUACUCGGGCCAUGACAAUGGCGUCUUUCACUUAAAGGAUCACUCCAUAAAACCUUAUUAUCCAAGCAGGUUGAAAAUUAACCCACCUCCAGUUUGGGUUGCCCCCUACACCAUGCAGUAG